UGUAUAUCACAGCGCGUCUGAGAAGUCUUGUAAGGCAAGGAUCUGGUGGAGAUUUUGCUCUGUCUAAAGUGAACUGUAAUCAGUGUAAUUUUAGAGCAAAAAUGCGACAAUUAAUUGCAUAAGUGGGUAUUGAUAUUCCAUGGAAGGCCUUACUGCUUUCGUGUCCCGAUUCGACAAGACAAAGCCACAAGAUUCAUCAGCCACACAAGUUGAUGAUGGCCGAGUACUGGACAACGCUUCAUCCUCUUCAAGUUCAGUGACUCUGCCAUUCAGCAUUGCAGAGAUUUUGAGCGAUAAGCGAAAUGAGUCAAGGAAAAAGGAAACCGAAGACAUAAGAGAUGAGAUUAGACAGUAUACUGUUCAAGGUUUUGACGAAUCACCCAGACGAACACACCGAUGCAAACCUCCACGAAACAGAAAAAACUUCACAAGAGAACAAUUGCGAGAACUAGAGAAACUGUUUGAUCAGACACAUUACCCAGACGCCUUGACGCGCGAAACACUGGCUAAGAGGAUGGGCCUCUCAGAAGCUAGAGUUCAGAUCUGGUUUCAAAACCGUCGGGCUAAAAGUCGUCGGCAAGAAGGACCGAAUCAGAGGGGAUUCGUUGUCCCGGUAACCCCAACAUACAAACCACCAAAUCACGUGACUCCGCUAAGACAAGAAACAUCUAUGGCACCAUUUACCCAUGGUGCUUAUAGAGCCGGUUGUGUUGAGCAUCUGUGCAUGUGUAACCACGCCAGUUUUGUUACCAGUGUUAGUCAGGUUGAUUAUAAUCGUCAGUUUAACCAACAGACAAGCAUCGAGGAUCUGAGACGUAAAGCUCGGUACCACAGCUGGGGAGGGCACAACGUACACUGAGCCCGCGUUUUCAUCUCCUUGGAUCAGUGGAGAGAGGAUUUACUUCAAAGAGGGGUGUUUCAUUUUAUUUUGAUGUCCAGGAAACUAAAAUCGAAGCCAUUUGUUUUCAUCAUCCACCAAACUGUCCGAAAUUAUGUUCUCGUAGAUUUAAAAAAUAGCUUUAAUUCAAUAUUCUUUACAUUAUAACCCUAGGAAAAUACUACAAUUAACUGAAAUCAUGCGCUUCAUUCAAUAAAAAAAUCGCUUUUUCUCUGAAAAAAUCAAUGACAAAACACCACGCUGAUAUGGCUCUUCAAUGGACUGUCAUAAAUCAGCGCAAAAACUAAAUUUUACAAUUAUCUGAUGGACUCGACAGUUCAAAUGAUGUCCCUACACCAGAAAAUGAACUAUCCAAACUACAGCUUCAGAUGCAUAAAAAAAUUAUCAAAAAUAGUGUUUUUGAUCUAAACCCACGAUUCCAUGUAUCCAGCCUAUACUAAUUAAAUAUCUUGCGUUGCAAUCA